CAUGACCCUCUUGUGUGCGCUUGCGCUCGGCAACGCGGACUUACUGUAUCACUGGUUAUUUUUUCUAGUAUUUAGUGAUCGUAGGAAGAUUAGGAAGUCGACAUAUUAUUGUAAUGGAAGACACCGAAAUUUGUGAUCUCGAAGAUGAAACUAAAAGUGAUUCAGAGUCAGAUGUUGCUGUUGCGAAAACACUUGAGGAAAAUGGGGCAUGUUUGUGGAGCUGGGAUCCCAAUUCUCUCACAGCUAAUGCUCAACUGGUGGAUGGCAGUCGAAGACAAGUGUUGUUUCAUCCUGAUUUUAGCUAUGGGACAGCUACAGUACGUAGUGAUUUCUUAUUUAGGCAAGGGAUUCACUACUGGAAGGUGAUGAUGACUACGAAGUGCUAUGGCACUGAUAUGAUGAUUGGCGUCUGUACUAGAGACUUUGAAUAUCAACAUUUUACCAAGAUGUACAAAUCAUUGUUGGGUCACGAUAAUCUCAGCUGGGGACUAUCAUUCACCGGCAACAUUUGGCACGACGGAAGAGUCAGUCAAUACAUGGAUCCUUUUAGCCAUGGUGAUGUCAUUGGUGUACGUGUCAAUAUGAACUCUGGUACUUUAGAGUUUUCUAAAAAUGGACAAUGGCAAGGUGUUGCAUAUCAUGGUCUACACAAACAGGAGGGUUUGUAUGCCAUUGUGUGCUCAACAGCUGCAAAGACAGGGAUGAGACUUUUAUCAAAUAGCAGCAGUUUUUCAUCUCUUCAGGCUAUUUGCAGCUUUACGAUAGCCAGAAAUUUAACAUCAACCGAUGAUGUCAGAUCUCUUCCUUUGCCUAGGCAAUUGCAAGUUAUGGUAUCAGAUUACGGAGGAUAUAGAACAGCUUAGCUGCUUUUCUGCUGAGUAAGGACGUAUUGUGCAACUGGUUUAGCUGUGCUGUUGUGUAUAUUCCAACCCUGGCUGUGCUGUUAGCAUUGUGUAAAUGGUGACAUUACCAAAACAGGUAGAUGCUUUCACUUUCAACUUUUAUAAUGAAUUAGAGCAGUCACUGGAGAUGCACUUGGAAAGCGACAAACUACUGCACUGUGUGUGCGUGGUUGCUGUAGAUGUAGAUCGACAUGACUGUGACGUCGUCGUAAA